AUGUGGGGCGACCCGGGAGAUGGAGGAGCCACAGUCGGCACCCGAUUUUCUUGCCUGAGCAAGGGCCUGAUGGUGGAGUGCAAUGUGGAAAGCUGGCAAGUUCUGCGGGGAAAGCCCUGCGGGAUGGCAACUCCUGAGGAGGAGUCUGAAGCCCCCACGGAGCAGCUGGACAUCGCGUGCGGCCUGGAGAACUUGCCCGUGACUGCGUGGCCCCCGGGGGCGGCGCCAGAGCCCUUCCAGCGCGAGCGCGCGCGCGCCGGGCCGCUGCUGGAGACGUUCGUGGACCCCGCGCGCGUGGGCAACGUCGGGCGCUUCCUCAACCACUCCUGCGAGCCCAACCUGGUGAUGGUUCCCGUGCGGGUCGACUCGAUGGUUCCGAAGCUGGCGCUGUUCGCGGCCAGAGACAUUUCGCCGGGAGAAGAGCUGUCCUACGACUACUCGGGAAGAUUCCUCAAUGGAACGGACAGUGACGCCGAAGACAGGCCGGACGACGGGACGCCGCGGAAACCCUGCUACUGUGGGGCGCGGUCGUGUGCCGCUUUCCUGCCUUACGACAGCUCUCUGUACCGCCCCGCAGAAGGGCCGGACGUCACCUAGGACGGGCCGUGCUGGAGGAACGCGCCCGGCCUCUCCUCCCCCGGCGGCAGGACAGGGUGACAAGGAAGCGUGCGUGUUGGCUCGGCCCUCUCUGCGUCCCCGCUUACAUACGGGUGACCCUCCGUGCAGUCCCCGCUCUGCCUUAGCCGCUGCUCGCACUGUAGCGGAGGCCAGUGGUCAGCUCGACCACAGGUUGUCCCCCUUCUAUAAUGGAAUCUCAGGGUUUUGCUAAAAACUGGGCACUUUUUCUAGUUAGACGUGACAUGUUCCAGCUAAGGUCACAGAAGCAAAACCGGUGUGUCCUUAAGUGGGGACAUCCUGCCCUUACCCCCUCUCCCUUCCUCUUGGCUGGAGCUCGAGCAUCCACCUUAUACUCCGCGAUCACUCUGGAAAAGGAAACCACACAGCACGUCAACGAAAGUGAAAGCAGCCUCGGUGCCUGGGCUGUGGACCACACCACCGGCCCUGAUGUGACGCCUGGACAUUUAGGUGAGAAACGGCCUCUCCCCCAUUUAUGCCACUGUAAUUUCGAUUUUUCUAGCACUAGCCCCGGACCUAAGCACAAUGAUCCAAGGAAACUGGCAGCUGCGUGCCUAGCUAGGCCUGCUUUCCAGGUUUAUCAGUAAUAAAGCUGAGAGUUCGAUUUC